CUAGUAGCUCUUGGACCGCGCACAUCAGCGGUCGUCAAUCGCGGCACAGAUUCAACAUUUACAAUAGAGCUCAUUGUGGCAGUGCCGACCCACAAAAGCCGCAAGUCUGUAACCUGAUCCGCCGCCAGAAAAGCAAACAAGCCAACAACUUGCUUCAAUAUUUCUCUCGGGUCUUGUACUGUGCUGCUCGACUGUUUCCCUCUCCUCGUCAGUUCACUUCACUCACGUCGGAUUAGGCGCACGGCUGUGGAAAAUGUUUCGAGCAACGGAAAUCGGCAGCGAAGAAACCUUGCCAGCCAUUGCGGAGCUCACGCAAGCCAGCUAUGAGACGGAGGGACGGGACAUCGAGUGGGGCAAAGGUAGUGAACGGACACAGCUGAAGCCGCGACAGCGCAGCUCUCUGCCCACCUAUGGCUUUGCCCCCGCGCCCAUUCGCAUGGAGUACAGGUACCCGCGCGCCGUAUACUUUAUUCUCGCCACCAAGUUCUUCGAGGCCUUUGCAGCGAACGGCAUACGCACCAUUCUCGCCCUCUAUCUGCGCGAUGAUCUCAACUUCACGGAGAGCUUCUCUACGGUGGUGCUGCACAUAUUCAACUUUUUCGGCCAGUUCUGCCCCAUUAUCGGAGCCGUCCUGGCAGACAGCUAUAUGGGAAAUGUGCGCACCAUUUCCGCCUUUUGUUUCCUCUACGCCUUCGGAUGGAUGCUGCUGACCAUGACGUCGCUCCCCUCUGUAGGAGUACCAAUUAUCCUGCUAGUGUCGAUUGCCCUCCUGUUCCUGGCAGUGGGAAACGGCUCAAUCCGCGCCUGCAUCACGUCGCUGGGCGCCCUGCAGUUCAAGAUGCCCGAGCAGGCUGUUCACCUCUCAGAGUACUUCUCCUUCUACUAUUUCGUCUAUUAUUUCGGCAUAUUUCUGAGCAAGAUUCUUCCCCCGCUGGUUCGGGCCAAUACGCAAUGCUUUGACAAGGUGGAGUGCUAUCCCGCCGUCUUCGGUACUCUCGCAAGUGCCUUCAUGAUGGCCUGGCUUAUCUUUCUGACCGGCAAAUGUUUCUACAAGACCGAGAAGCUGGCCGAUGACAAUAUACUCUUCAAAUUCUGCGGCUGCAUCAAGACGGCACUGGUGCAGAAGUGGCAGCGACGCAAUUCCAAUAAGCGAUCCAACUAUUGGCUGCACAAUGCCGUCGGUGUCUACGACGAGGCCUUUGUCAACGACGUCUCCAAGGUUCUGAGGAUCUCAAAACUGUUUACUCCAUUACCAUUUUACUUCGCUCUGCUGGCCCAACAGGACUCCAGCUGGACUUUCCAGGCGGCCAUGAUGAAUACCACAGUGUUGGGAGUGACCAUACAGCCGGAUCAGGCCAAGGCUGCGGGCCCCAUCUUCCUCUUCAUGCUCAUCCCGCUCUGGCAAUAUGUGACGGUUCCGUUGCUGCGUCGAUACUUUAAUUGGGAACUAAAGCCACUGAACAGCGUCACUGUGGGUGGCAUCUGCUCCGCUGGUUCCUUCUUCUGUGCAGGAGCCUUGCAGAAAGUGAUUAUGAAUUCACCCAUCCAGACCAUUAACAUUGCUUGGCAGCUGCCGCAGUUCUUUCUGCUGAUGUUGGGCGAACUGCUGCUGUCUAUUCCGGGACUGCAGUUCGCCUUCACGCAGGCGCCCACGUCCAUGAAGUCUGUGGUAACGGCUACGUGGUUCCUGAACAAUGCCUUCGGCAACCUCAUUGUGGUUGUGGUCACCGAGCUGGGUUUGCUGAGCUCCCAGAUGGACGAGUACUUCUUCUAUGCGGUGGUAAUGCUGAUUUGCAUCGUAAUCUUUGCACUCCUAGCCUACGACUACAUGCAGCAGGAGCGCAAGGGCGGUCUUUAUUUGAGGGGCUGCUUGGACGGCACCUCCGAUGACCUGGAUAUCCCCAGCACCAGCCGCAGCGGCAGCAUCUAGAUAACUGCUGCAGCCAUGUAGUACCUGGUUGAAACUAAUGUUGGUACACCCUUUUUUUCAAAUAAUAUCAGAUUUACAUUUCAAAUUUAAUUUUUAGCUAACGAAAAUGUAUAUGAAAUUAGGUAAAACUUAUUUUAAUUAAAUAACAACCUGAUCCACAACAA